GCGCCUGGGUAUUAUCCAUCCACCGCACGGCCUCUUCUCACGCCGCCUCGACUUCCUCUUCCAGCCCCCGCCAUCCAUCCUCCUCCUCUGCACAUGUACACUCACCUCAAAACCCCCAAGCAUCGUGCUAAAACCCGGCCUAGCCCUCGAAUCCCCCCUUGCCCGCGCGGAGUAGACGAGCCCAGCCCGUCCCAUCGACCAUGGCAUCCUCAGGGUCCGCCGCUAACCUCUGGUACUGCUUGGCCUAAGCAUCGCGGGCGUCCUCCUGGCAGCGCGGCGAUUGAGGCACCAUACGCGCCCUGACCACGACGCUUUCAUGGCCCGCCUAGAGCUCCUCCCACCGCCACAGCCUCCGCCGUCGCAAGGAGGCCAGCCCGGGCGAGGUGGCGCAGGCCAUCGCCAUGUUCCCCAGAUCCUGUUCCACAGCGUCGCCUUCUUCCAGGUACACCCAGCUCUCGCCUUCUUCAGGCACAGCUCCAAGCCGUCAAGCGCCACCCAGUCCCGAUUCCCUUCACACCGUCUCUCGCCCUAUCCUAUCUGACGGUCCAAGACUCUGAGUUUGCCGUGGUGAGUGUGCUUCACUGCUUCUCUAAUUCCUCCCGUUGCAUUGGUUCGAUGGAAUAUGGCGCUGAGGAGGAGGCGGCGACCGAUGACCCCAGUAGCAGCGGGGGCACCAGGCGUUGGGCGACUGAAGGGGAGCCCGAAGCUGACUGUGGAUGCGGACAUGCGAGAUAUGGCGAAGACGGCCGCGUGGAGCGUUAGUUCCUACAGGGCUGGCAACGGUGUCACGGCCCUGCACGACAACAACCUUGACACCUGCCGACAGUCUGAUGGGGCUCAAGUGUACAGCCGCAAAUGGUGAACAUCCAGUUCCAGAAGAAGUUGCAGGCGUGUAGCUGCAGCCUGCAGCUCGUCGUGAUAUACGUGGAUUUCAAGCUCGAAGAAGUGCUCCACUAAAAAUGAAACGUUAGAAUUCAGCUGAGCAUCUUACUCUACAUUGCAGCAAACUGUGACGUGCUUUGCUGAGUUAGAUUAGUCUGGCAUGCUUGAGUUUCCCAUGGUAGGGCGCCGCGAAGCGCGCCUCUUUUUCUAGUAAACAAAAGCGCAAAUGGAAGCCGCUUCACGUAGCAGCCCGUGCAAAGCAAGCGAAAGGGACCCGCGAGCAGCGAAGCAACCAGGCCAAGCGCAACACGACCUACACCGUGGGGCCGGCCAUCCAGGAGACACGCGUAUUCCGUCCUGGACAAAGGACCGCAUCCACUUGCUAGCUCGCUAGUCAUUACCUGAUUUCGCCGCGGGCGUCGUCGUCUUUCUCCUUCCUCGUCCUUUAUAAAGGAAGGUGGCAAUGGCCUUUCCCUCUGCACCGCCAAGUUAGCUUGCCUAGCCACAUCAAAGCAAAGCUAGCUACGGCCAGCUUUGGCGAUCUGCUUGCUUCUCUCUGAGCGUUUCUUUACAACUAAACCAACUGAGCAAUGGGGAGGCAACCGUGCUGCGACAAGGUGGGGCUGAAGAAGGGCCCGUGGUCGGCGGAGGAGGACGAGAAGCUCGUCACCUUCCUCCUCACCAACGGCCAGUGCUGCUGGCGCGCCGUGCCCAAGCUUGCCGGGCUACUGCGGUGCGGAAAGAGCUGCAGGCUUCGGUGGACCAACUACCUGCGCCCGGACCUCAAGCGCGGGCUGCUGUCGUCGGAGGAGGAGACGACGGUGAUCGACCUGCACGCGCAGCUGGGCAACCGGUGGUCCAAGAUCGCGUCGCACCUGCCGGGACGCACGGACAACGAGAUCAAGAACCACUGGAACACGCACAUCAAGAAGAAGCUGAGGAAGAUGGGCAUCGACCCUGCCACCCACAAGCCCCUCCACCCACAGCCAGCAGCUCCUCCUCCGACUCAGCAGGAGCAGGACACGGGCGGGUCGCCCGAGGAGGAGGGGGAGAAGGCCGACGCGGUCAUGAUGGCAGCAGCUACGCCGAUUAUCGGGCACGAGACGGCGCCGUUCUUUACCGACGAGGAGGAGAUGCUGGCGCACCUCCUUGACGACAUCGACGACUUCCCACCCGCGGCUUAUUCUCCCGACGACUCUUCUUCGCCCUCCUCCUCCUCCUCCGCGUCCCGGUCGUCUCACUCGGCCUCCGUCGUCACAGCGCCGUCGUCGAGCGGAGCUGGUGGAAGCAGCGUCGCCGACGGCGAGCGGCCGCUGCAGAUGGUGGAGUGGCCUGAGUCCAUGUGGCUGGACGACGACGUGGUGCCCGGCCUGGCCACGACGCCGUGGGAGUUCGAGGACGACAACCCCUUCCUCGCCUACCAGAGGAACAACGCUCUGUUCGAUCACCAGCUGGAGGCAUGGAACAACGACGGCAGGGUCGAGCUGUUCUGAGGCGCUGAGAUGAUCUACUUCUUCCUCGAUCGUCAUUAGAUUAGAUGUAGUUAAUUAAUACGUCAUCCCCGGCCUACGAUCGAGCAGUUCGCGUUGCACAGACCAGAGCACUCACGGCCGUUGAAAAUAAGCAAGAGAAAGAGAUGAAAGUGGUUGCACGCCCGGUUUCUUGGUUUUCUAAAACCUUUGGCCGGGCCGACCACAACUUGCAAAGGAACAGUUGGAGAGAAAAAAAAAUGUUCGUUAGCAAUCUGCCAGUGCUGUUUGGCAUUGGAGAACCCUUCCGUGGAUUGUUUAUUGGACAAUGCAAGACCCCUCUACGUACGUUGAAAAUGGGAAUAAUAAAGCCAGGCCACUUUGUACCGAAUGUCUAAUUUCUACUAGAAAUCAAGGCGUUCCGGUGGUUCUCAUAUUACCCUUUAA